CUUUCAUCAACAUACGGUCCGCCUUCUGAUGCGGUUUAUUCUGAAGGCGGGCGAUUAACCGUCCAAUUUGCUCCUAGCCUGCCUUGCGGACGAGCAACCAUAUUCUCCAUCCGGGGCUGGAGUAAAAUGUGAGUAGUUUAGAUAGAUGACUAGGCAGUCUUUUUCGUUCAGAUUCUAUACCCUACGUUAAUUCUCUUUGUAGCUUUCAGGUAUUUCCUCAUCACUAUCUUGUACACUGCUCUCUGAGACUGUUUGUACGAAGGUGCUGAGUGAAUACCAGUUCAACAAGUAGGACGGGCGAGAAGUUACAUAUUCCUGCCACUCAACGACACAGCAAGAAGUCACAAUGAACCCACCCACAGAGAACACUGUAACCACCACUACUACCAAGGAGGCCGCCAGUCGAAGCACUACCCCUGUCCCUGGGAGGACAACCUUCGAGGAAGCUGACGGCGAUUGUUGAGUAACUGUGGUAGCGGGGGGAGAAUGGAGAUUGCGGGGACUGCGGACGAGGUGUAUACCUAGAUAUCAUUUAGCUUGUAGUGGCGAGCAUAGAAAUAUAUAUAACAAGAGCUAAGCGUUGGUACCAGUCCUAUAGACCCAUAAUGCUUCAGCCGCCGACAACACGGUCCUGGCUAGUGCCAGAUACCGAGUGACCCGCCUCCAGAGGGAGCUUGUAAUGGUGCCGUCCUUGGUUGGUCUGGAGAUAAUGAGAUUUUGGUCGACAAGGCCAUUGAAAAACUGUCCGACAACCUCCAAGACGAACUCGCGCGUGCUCAGUUCGAACCGAUGAAUCUCAAUGAACUCAUUGACUGGGCUACCGCGCUCGACAAUCGUCUUCGUGCUAGGUCAGCGGACAGAUCUAAUUUCAAACCCGACCCUUCCAAAGUCCAUCAACCCAAGGCUCGUUCUCUCCCACACAGUUUGCCUCGCGCAUCUCCUCUCCAACCUUGCCACACCGUCAGUCCAGUCAUCUUCCUCCACUCCUACAAAUUUCAGCUCUUCUCCUUCUCGCCCUCGUAUCCACCAGGUCCGGCGGCAAGGGGAAAGCCCCGAGGAAGAGGAGUGGGAAGCAUCAGUGUGGGCAGGGAAGGAUACCGAGGGAGCCGCAGGGGCUUCGGCUUCUGAUAGCCAUCAGCACACCCAGCAUGUCGGUCCCCAGAGGAGGAAGAAAGAGCCCAGAGAAGUAGGAAAGUGCCGGUGGAAGAGCCUGGGGGUUAGUAACAGGAUGUAUAGCUUGCCCC